AUGUCAUCUUUGCGUGUUUUGGUUGUGGGCGAAAAUCCCAAUGUUCUGCUAUACGCGUGGCGAAUUCAGCAGUCAAAAAGUGUGAGUUUGACAUUUCUCAGCAGCUCGAAGUCUGCCGAGUUUAGCGUGCGAACGGCUCAGUAUGGCAGCGACAGGUUUCGGUUCGAGCAGCACUUCGAAAAUGUGGAACAGAUGCUGGCCAGCGCGGACGGCAAUUCCCGAGUUUUUGAUCUCAUUAUUCUCAGCGCAAAGUCGUUGCAAGAAAUGUCUAGUCUAGCUGCAAAACUAAACCCAGUUUUGAAUCUAAACACCAAAAUUUUGGUCGAAAGUUCGGGAUUCGUGCACCUUGAGCCCUUUGUCAAGAUGUCUAUUGAGUUCGGGCAGCUCAAAGUAUUUUCUGUCAUGUGCGACUUUGACUUUCGCCAGAUCUCUUCGUCCCAGUUUGCACAGGCCUCGCACCAAUUGGCACCAUGUAACAUCUUUCUCGGGGAGGCCGGUGUGAAGGGCGGUGUCAAAUACUCAAGCGAUAAUGUGGCUCUCCUGGAAACUUUCAAAAGACUAUUCGUGAAGCUCUUUCCCCAGGACAAUGUUCAUGUUUGCAACUUUGCAUAUGCGGAAUUUUUAUCACAGCAGUGGAAACUGGCACUUCCUCGCAUUUGUUUUGAUCCUUUGUACAUUCUUCUUGAGAACUCGCGGCCCGAAGAAUUGAACGAGCAGAUUUUAGCUAAGCCGUUGAUAUCAGGGCUAGUGACAGAAAUAAUUACUGUGACUAAGACCAUGGGCGCUAAGCUUCCUGUGGGUUUUGACAAUGAAAAAGAUCUGUUGCAGCAAUGGCUCAAGACGACUAACAAUGAGCAGCCCCAAUUGGCAUAUCAUUUUCUGCAAAAGACUGCACCUUUGAAUGUUGAUAUGCUUCUUUUGCAGCCUAUAUUACUUGCUGACGAUUACGGAAUAAAAACUCCAUAUUUAGAGUUCCUUUAUUCUAUGAUGUGCCAGUACCAGAAGAUAAAUGAUGGGGAUUCCAUAUUAUUUACCAGGGCCAGCUCACAGUCGAAGCUCACGGAGGAAUUAAGAAGACUCGAUCUUGAGCAAAACAGCUUGAAAUCUCAGCUCCAGUCCGCUCAAUCUACUUUGGCAACCACCAACCAAACUCACUUGGCGCAAAUAAAGGCCAAGGAGAACCAAGAACAAGGGCAUAAAAACGAAAUUGCAUAUCUAAAGGGUCAGAUCACAAAGAUUAACAGUGAAUUGUUAAAUGAGCAGCGUAAAGUCAGUAUCCUAGAGGCAAAUCAAAGGAAACAAAUAGAGCAACAGCAGCAGCGUCAGUUACACCAAAAAGCACAACAGAACGUACCACAGCCACAGCCUCAGCAGCAGCAGCAGCAGCAGCAGCAACCUUAUCAACAGAGGUCCCUCCAGGAAGGUGUAAGCCCCACGGACCCGGUCAGCAACAGCUCGUCCGCUGGCACUCCUAAUCUUCGUGAACUAGAGGAUAUUGCAGUUUAUGGAGUCCAUUAUGGCAUGUCUCCGACGCAAGAACGCCAAGUAGAUGUGAAAGACUCAGAAUCAGAUAUUCAGACUGCGCCUGUUAACGUAAAUGGAACGCAUUCUGCUGGAGCCCCUGGUACUGUCUCCACUGUUGAAGGUGGGGAUUCCAUUCUGCGUGAACGCGAGCUCGAAUUACGCAGGCGCGAACUGGAAUUGCAAGAAAAAGAGCAAGAACUCCAAAGGAGAGCAGCCGCUAGACCAAGACCCGCAAAAUAUCAGAGCGCCCCCAUGAUACAACCUGGCCCUAUACCUAAUGGUCAUGGUUCAAGAAAACCUUCUUACUCGCAUGCGAGCACGAGAAACAAUAGGCAAAUGCACGGUGCUUCUCAAAGCAUUAUUACGCAAAUGGCUGAUCCAAUAACUAUGCAAAUAAGCACAGGGCAGCCCUCCCCUCUGCCUGGGCAACUUGGACCUGCUAUUGGAAGUCCUUUGGGCGGUCCGCCUGGUUCUCAAGGUCAUCAUGCGCACCAAUUCAAGACUACCAGUCGUAAGAACAGGCGUAGCAACAUGCCCAAUCUGCGCCAUGCUUCUAGCGUAGACGUUUUGUCUAUGGCUGGCACGGGCGCCGCACCACAAGGUGCACACCAGCCCUCAGCUGCUAACAGUUCGGGCACACGAUUAAACUCGAUGAUGGGCAAUGGUCCUCCACCCGCCAUCGUGCUAAACAAACCGCAGAGUGGGAGCAAUUUGCAAUUGAACAAUGUACCAAAUCAAUCUUCUCACGGCUUCAGGGUGGGGCCUCCUUACUCUAAUGGGUCCGGAUCGUCACUGCCACCGCAGCAACAGCAGCAACAACAACAAAGACAGAUAAGCUCUAGUACCGUGCUUGCUGAGGAUCCUGUCCAGGCAAACAUCUCCUCUCACACAGUGGUCCAUAACCCUGUUACGCAACAAGCUUUGAACGGCCAUUCCAGUGGGUCUUCAAUGUCUGCAGAGUCACCGUCAGCAAUGUCACCUAGCGACAACUUGAAUGUCAGUGAACCCUCUCCCAUCUCAGUUUCGGAAGCUCAUGGCCAAGAGAACAAUUUACAAUCUACUCGAGAUUCGAGCACGAUGCUUGACUCGGGCUUUGAAUUGAAUCCAAAAGAAGCAAAAAAGAAGAAGUCUAAGUUUGGUUUGUUCGGCAAGAAACGGAACAAGCAUUGA